AUGGAAGUUAGUGCACCAAAUACGGAUUCAUCGUUACAUCUUUCAGCGAAAACUGAAUUUCUGAUUGAUGGCAAAUAUCGUCUCGUUCGUAAGAUCGGUUCAGGUUCAUUUGCAGACAUUUAUCUUGGCAUCAACAUCACAAAUGGUGAAGAAGUCGCAAUCAAACUUGAAUCAGUCAAAACAAGUCAUCCUCAAUUAUCGUUUGAAUCAAAAUUAUACAAAAUUCUGCAAGGUGGAAUCGGCAUUCCACGUAUUCGAUACUAUGCCCAAGAGAAAGAUUACAAUGUUCUUGUUAUGGAUCUACUUGGACCAUCACUUGAAGAUCUCUUUAAUUUCUGUUCCCGAAGAUUUACGAUGAAAACUGUACUAAUGCUUGCUGAUCAAAUGAUUGGUCGAAUUGAAUUUGUGCAUAACAAAAACUUUAUACAUCGAGAUAUUAAACCCGAUAAUUUCCUAAUGGGUAUUGGACGACACUGUAAUAAGGUGUUCUUGAUUAAUUUUGGUCUAGCAAAGAAAUAUCGUGACAAUCGAACUCAACAACACAUUCCCUAUCGAGAAGAUAAAAAUUUAACUGGUGGAACGCGUUAUGCAUCUAUCACUGCCCAUCUCGGUAUUGAACAAAGUCGUCGUGAUGAUAUGGAAUCGUUAGGUUAUGUUUUGAUGUAUUUUAAUCGUGGUUCAUUACCAUGGCAAGGUCUUAAAGGAGCAACUAAAAAACAAGAAUACGAAAAAAUAUCCGAGAAAAAAAUGUCAACACCUGUCGAAAUUCUCUGCAAAGGAUUUCCAGCCGAAUUUGCUAUGUAUCUAAACUAUUGUCGAGGUCUUCGUUUUGAAGAAGCACCCGAUUACAUGUAUUUACGUCAAUUGUUUCGCAUUUUGUUUCGAACAUUAAAUCGACAAUAUGAUUGUAUGUUUGAUUGGAUGCAACUAAAACAGAAAAUAUCAGAUGCGUCUCCAGCAAAACCAAACUCAUCCAGCUCCAUUUCACUUUCAUCGAAAGGUAAUGUUAUUUUGAAAACUAACAAACAUCUGUCUAUUCAAUUCAUAGAUACGUCUGAUUCAUCAAACACUAGUCCCUUUUAUAAUGCAUGCCGUGAAAAUGACAUAAGUACAGUCGAAGAAUAUUUGAAGUCUAUGUCUUUGGAAGACGUCGACCGACUAGAGCCGAAUGGGUCUACUGCGUUGCAUGUAGCUGCAUACGAAGGACAUGAGAAGAUAGUCGAACUCCUAUUAAAAAAAGGUGCGGCGUGUUCAAUCAAAAACAAAUAUGAUGCCACCCCGUUAGAUCAGACUAAAUCUAACAAGAUAAAGCAGUUAAUAAGACGUCGAAUGAAUCAUACACGUUUUGUCAGUGAUUCUGUGGAAUGGAUUCUUAAAGCAGAUAAUGCUGAUUAUCAAGCACAUGAAUAUCUAAAACCGCUCGAAUCGUAUGGCAAGCAUCCGCGCUUUUACGAGUACAUUACUUAUAUAAAACAAAAUUUUCUCGAAAAAGAUUUACGAGAUAUAGAUGAUAUCGAUAUGAUAAAAGAAUAUUUCGAUAAGGCAAUCAAUGAAAAGAAUCCAAUUUAUCUACUGAUUGCCUACACUGCUGAAACAAAUUUCUACUCAAUUCUGAAUAUUCAUUUGGCAAAGAUGCGUGUUGAGAAUUUAACUGCCGAAGAAAAUCUUAAGCUCGCCUAUUAUAUUGGAAUAAUUGCUCGUCAUCCAAACUUUGAUACAUUAUCGUAUACCGGUGUUACAUAUCGUGGUAUGAUGGUGACUGCUGAUGAUAUAAAACAAUACACAAAGGGUGCUCGAAUUUUGACGAAAACAUUUUCAUCAUCUUCAGUAGAACCAAAUGUAGCAUUGCGAUUCAUGACGAAUGAUUCAACAACGAGCAAUCGAUCAAGUACAUUAUGUAUUUAUGAAAUACGUAAUCCAAGAACUGCAUUAGAUAUUCGAAACAUAUCGAUGUUUCCGGAUGAAGAAGAAGUCUUGAUUUUACCUUACUCCGCAUUCAAAAUAAAAGAAAUCAAAACAAAUUACAACAGAUCACCAAGAUAUGAAAUCAAUCUACAAGAAUGCGAUCCGUGGUAA